AUGUCUUCCGAAACUCCAUUCGACAUCCUCGUCACCGGCGGCAGCGGCUUCCUAGGCAGCGCAAUAGUAACCGCCCUGCACACCCAACAUCCAACGUGGCGAAUCUCAAUUCUCGACCAGCACGCUCCAUCCCCAUCCCAGCUUGCCCCAAUCCAGCACUUCUUCCGCGUCGACAUCACAAACCGCGCCUCCGUCUUCAACGCAUUCAAAUCCUACGUCCCAGAUCUAGUGCUGCACACAGCAGGCAUCAUCCCCGCCCGACAAGCGCGGUACUCCACCUCUCACGCAGCCUGGUUGCGCGUGCGCGAGAUCAACUACGAAGGCACAGUGAACGUUCUCGACGCCACGCUGGCAUCGGGCUGCGCGCGCUUCGUCUACACCUCCAGCUGCACGGUCGUGAUCGACGACAUGGCGCACGACUACUUCCGGAUGGACGAGGAGACGUCGACAGGGUACGCGACGCUGCACUACGGACGCUCAAAAGGGCUGGCGGAGACGUAUGUGAUGAGUCGAGCGGGGGAGGGAAAGGAAGGCCCGUUGAUCUGCGCGCUAAGACCUUCCACGAUCAUCGGGCCGGAAGACAGGGCUGUGAUUCCCGUCAUGCACGACCUGAUUGCGAAAGGGGAGACGAGUUUCAUCGUAGGGGACGGGGAUAACGUGUAUGAUUUCGUGUACAUUGACAACAUCGCUUCCGCGCACGUUCUGGCAGCGGAGAACCUUCUCCCGGGCGGAAAGGGGACAGCAGCGGGCGAAGUGUUCUUCAUCAGCAACGACGAGCCGGUGUACUUUUGGGACUUCCUGGCAUACGUCUGGGUGCAGUUCGGCCAUGUGCCGCGCUACCGUGUACAAAUUCCGAUGUGGCUGGCUUGGGCUGUUGCGUGGAUAUUGGAGUGCAUUACUUGGGUCACUGGGGCGGAAGCGACGUUGACGAGAGGGAGUGUGAGGGAUGCGGUGCGCGCGCAUUUCGCGGACAAUGAGAAGGCGAAGCGGGUGUUGGGGUAUGAAGUCAAGGUGGGAUUGGCGGAGGGGGUGAGGAGGAGUUGCGAGGGGUAUAAACGGUAUCUUGCCAGGAGAGCUGCAUCGUCGGGGGAAUGA